AUGAACGAGCAGUUCUCGAAGCUUACUAUCAAUACGGAGAGGAAUCCGGGAGAUAGUGAUGUCUCACAAGGACCUCCAUCGGCAACUCCUGUUAGGACUCCGUCUUCUCAGUACAAUAAAAUUAAUGCCGACUUACAUGCCAGAGUAAAGGCUUUUACAGAGCAGAGAGCUCUUAAAAGAUCAGGGAGUAUAGGUAGUAAUAAGAGUGAUACGAAUGGUGGUGGCGAGGUGAAAAAUGCAGGAGCACCGCAAAAUUUACAACAAAUUGUUAACAAACCAUUACCACCAUUGCCACCAUCACCACCUGCAGUGGCGAUGAGUAAUGUUGCUAAGGAUGUUAAGCCGGAACCCAUUAUGAGGAGUAGUAUAGUACAGAGACGAGAAUCGAAGAUGCAACAACAACAACAGGAACAACAACUGGCGAAUAGUAGUGAUAAUGGAAUUAUUACAAAUAAUGGCGUUAAUAAUAUGAAUGGGUUGGAUAAUAGGAAAAUGAUGAAUCCAACAGAUAUGACACAAUUUAAUCCGAACAGAAGAGCUCCAAGACGACCUGUGGUUCCAAGACCAACUAAUCCUUUACCAAAUGCGGGACCCAAGCAGAGCUUGAGUGCUCGUAGAGGAAUGAAAUUACCAAUGGGGGGUAUGCCAUUAAAGAUGCCAGGUAAAUCAUCACCGUCGUCAUCAUUAUCUUCAAAUCAACAUCAAGAAUUUGCCUCGACACCGUCGAAUAAAAACCAUUUGAACGUAUCAGGUAAUAAUGCUAAUAUUAAUAAUAAUUUAAAUGGUAGAGGUAGUGCGCCGGGAUCUUUAAUUAAUGGUAUUCAAUCAACUUCGACAUCAUCAAGUAAUGAAGAACAAAGGGACACUGAAGGAACUGCGCCGAAGAACAGUGGUAGUAAUUCAGGCAGCGGUGGUGGCGGUCUCUUUGCAAACUUCUCAAAAUAUGUUGAUAUUAAAUCAGGUUCAUUAAAUUUUGCGGGCAAACUUUCGUUAUUUUCAGAAGGUAUCGAUUUUAGUAAUGGUUACAGUUCAAGAAUUUCACUUGAUGAACUAAACUUUCAAGAAGAAUUAGGUCAUGGUAAUUAUGGUCAUGUUUCCAAGGUGCUUCAUAAACCAACAAGUAUUACUAUGGCGAUGAAAGAGGUUAGGUUAGAAUUAGAUGAAGCAAAAUUCCGCCAAAUUUUAAUGGAGUUAGAAGUACUACACAAAUGUAAAUCACCCUAUAUUGUGGAUUUUUAUGGUGCUUUCUUUAUUGAGGGUGCUGUCUACAUGUGCAUGGAAUAUAUGGAUGGUGGCUCAUUGGAUAAAGUUUACGAUUUUUCAGACGAAAUUGGUGGUAUCGAUGAACCACAAUUAGCAAAAAUUACCUAUAGUGUUAUUGAGGGCCUAAGAGAAUUAAAAGAUUCUCAUAAUAUUAUUCAUAGAGAUGUUAAGCCAACGAAUGUAUUGUGUUCUGCAAGGCAUGGUACGGUUAAAUUAUGUGAUUUCGGUGUUUCGGGUAAUUUGGUUGCUUCGUUAGCAAGAACAAAUAUCGGUUGUCAAUCUUAUAUGGCACCUGAACGUAUUAGAUCUUUGAAUCCUGAUAGAGUUACGUAUACGGUACAAUCGGAUGUUUGGUCCUUAGGGUUAAGCAUUUUAGAAAUGGCGCUUGGUAGAUAUCCUUAUCCACCUGAAACCUUUGAUAAUAUUUUCUCUCAAUUAAGCGCGAUUGUUGAUGGACCCCCACCAAAAUUACCAAAGGAUAAAUUUAGCGCUGAGGCUCAAGAUUUUGUCUCUGUUUGUUUACAAAAGAUUCCUGAAAGAAGACCAACUUAUGCUGCACUAUUAGAGCAUCCUUGGUUGUUAAAGUAUAAAGAUGUUGAUGUCGGUAUGAGUUCAUAUAUCACGGAUAAAUUAAACAAAAGGAAACAACUAUUGGCAGAAAGGGGAGAAAAAGAACUACCGAAAUAUUUACCAGCAUUGCAUAUGGGUGGAUUGUAG